AUAAAUUCACCUUGGUCUUUGUUUUGAUUUUGUGUCGGAAAGAUAAUUCAGGAAAUUGCCGAGAAACAUGGAAAAAUUAGCUAAUCAAAUUGGUUAUUUAGUGCUUAAGGAAGAUGGGGCUGUCCUAGAAUCUGGAGGCGAGUUACAAAAUGAUGAAAGAAGUGCCAAUAUUUUCUUAGAUUUUAUAAAUCUAACUGAAAGUGUCGAUGAAAACUUUAUGCCAAACAGCAGUUGUGAACGCAUUUCCAUUGUGUACGAAGAUCAUAGCUACAACAUCUGUAUGUCCAACAGACGAAUCUACAUUGUGAAACUGCGUAAUGGGUCAUCGGCAGUUAGAGGUGUUGGCAUUGGAGGAGGCCUAACAGGCACUAAUUCUUCGGGUAAUGGUUUAUCAAAUAAUGGUGUUUUCGUGGAGUCUGAAGGCAAUUUGGGCUCAACGGCAGCGUUAACUUGAGAAUCCUCAAGCGCUGUCUGUUGCGCUUUCUGCGCCCAUAGCUUUCGACAGCGCAGUCCCACGGACAGUGCUUGUAACCCAUCAAAGGAUCGUACUAGACGUUUUAAUUGGAAAACACCGUUUAUUUAUUUAAUAAUAUUGUUUAUUUGUCAGCGAAUACACCAUCUUUAAUUUCUUGUUCAAA